CUCGAUUCGAUCAAUGGUUAUGGAGACUCUCAGUCCUCUCUCUCCUUAGGCAACUUAAAUUCCUGACCAGAGUUUAUGAGCUAUGAUUAUAUGUUAAUUAGUUAUGUAAUGAAAUUUAAUUUAGGUGUCCUGCUCAUUAGUUAUGUAAUGAACAGGACACCUAUAGGUAUACAAAACACAUUAGUAUACAUUUUUUUUCCUAAUAUCUAUUAGAAGUCUAUGGAGCUUUCGGCGGUCGAAGAAAGCUUUUUUCUUUUGUUGAGUUUCUGGAGGAGUAGAAGAAUCAUAAUACGGCAGGCCGCUUAAGUUCUAAAAAUAAAUAUUUUUUUAAUUGAUAUGAGAUUGGAGAGAGCAAUCAAUCAAUCAUCUUUGAAGAAAACGAGAAGAAAAAGAGUGACGACACACGUUGAGUCAGGUUAAAAGAAGAAAAGGACAAAUCUUCUUCUGUUGUCUGUCGAUGACUAAUGAAACUGAAAAAACAAGGUUGACUGGUUCACAACGUCACAUCAUGACAUGAAGAGUUUUAUUUUGUUUUGUUUCAAUGCCAUAUGUCGCAAAAUUUAAUCAAAUAUGCAACUAAACUAAUCAAAAAUCGUAGACCUUAUUUCAUACUCCUUUAAGCAAAAUACAAUGUACUUAAUAUAAUAACUUUGGUAACAAUAAUAAUAGAAACUUUAACCAAUCGUUGCGUUGCACUGAGAAGGUCAUUCUUAAUUUGGCAUCAAAUUGUCCCAAUUAGAUCCAUGUAUUGGCGGCUAAACGAAACCGAUGCAUAUGAGGUGUAGAAUUAUAAUACGACACUCUGCUAUAUCCUACUAAUAAAAUAAACAAAAAAAAAUAAAAUCCUUAUAGAUAUACAUAUAUAUACUAAUAUAAAGUCCGUAGAUUUUGAUUAAAAGGUCUCAACAGAAUCUCGAAAUCUCCGGAGAGAAAGAAGGGAAGAACGCAAGAAUGGAUUCUGCGGAGAAGGGUUUGCUCGUUCUCGUCGGAGGCGAAGAAGAGGAUGAACAAGUCAACAUGAGAGAAGGGUUUUUCCAGGAGAUGCGGAGGCUCGGUUACAUCGCCGGACCGAUGGUCGCCGUGAACUCUUCAAUGUAUUUUCUUCAAGUCAUAUCGAUCAUGAUGGUUGGUCACCUCGGCGAGCUUUUCCUCUCCAGCACCGCCAUUGCCGUUUCUUUCUGCAGCGUCACGGGCUUUAGCCUCGUCUUCGGUUUAGCUACCGCGUUGGAGACGUUAUGUGGCCAAGCCAACGGAGCCAAACAGUUCGAGAAGCUUGGAGAACACACUUACACAGGGAUCUUCGCUCUCUUCAUCGUUUCCAUCCCUUUGUCUAUCCUCUGGAGUUACAUGGGCGAGAUACUCUGUUUCAUCGGACAAGACCCUCUCGUUUCGCAAGAAGCAGGAAAGUUUGCGACUUGGCUCAUACCCGCACUCUUUGCUUACGCGACACUCCAGCCGCUCGUUAGGUUUUUCCAAGCGCAGAGUCUGAUUCUGCCGUUGAUUAUGAGCUCGAUCUCUGCUCUUUGUUGCCAUGUUGUUCUCUGCUGGUGCUUGGUCUUCAAGUUUGGGCUUGGUAGCCUUGGUGCAGCUCUUGCUAUCAGUGUUUCUUAUUGGCUGAACGUGAUUGUGCUUGGGUUGUACAUGGUGUUUUCUUCUAGUUGUGGAAAGAGCCGCGCGAAGAUUUCCAUGAAUGUGUUUAAAGGAAUGAGAGAGUUUUUCCGGUUUGGAAUCCCAUCUGCUUCUAUGAUUUGUCUUGAGUGGUGGUCAUUCGAGUUUCUUGUCAUGCUCUCUGGGAUUUUGCCGAAUCCAAGGCUAGAAACCUCUGUUCUCUCAGUGUGUCUAUCAACAAUCUCCACUUUGUACCAAAUACCAGAGAGUCUAGGCGCGGCAGCAAGUACAAGAGUGGCGAACGAGUUAGGAGCUGGGAACUCAAAGAAAGCUAGAAUGGCGGUUUACACAGUGAUGGUUAUAGCAGGAGUAGAAUCAAUAUUGGUAGGUGCACUAGUCUUUGCUGCAAGAAACGUAUUUGGUUACCUCUUCAGCUCUGAACCCGAAGUUGUGGAUUACGUUAGAUCAAUGGCUCCACUGGUUGCUUUAUCAGUCAUAUUCGACGCCCUUCACGCAGUUCUUUCAGGUGUGGCAAGAGGAUCAGGGAGGCAAGAUGUUGGAGCAUACGUAAACCUAGCUGCAUACUAUCUCUUUGGGAUACCAACUGCUGUCUUAUUAGGUUUUAGGUUUAAAAUGAGAGGAAGAGGACUCUGGAUUGGUAUUACAGUUGGGUCAUUUGUACAAGCUCUUUUGCUUGGUCUUAUCGUCAGUCUUACCAACUGGAAACAACAGGUGAGAAAGGCGAGAGAAAGAGUGAUGGGUGAGGAGUUUGAAGAGAAAGACAUUGACGAGGAACAUGUGGCGAUGAUCAACUAGAAUCAAAAAGACAUAUGUUGACUCUAUUUGUCAUUUAAUGAAGUAGGUAGAUUUUUUUUGGGGUGUUGGUUUGGUUUUCGAUUAUUGUAAUGGGUGCAGGAGUUGAAUGUGCACUCACAUGUUACGUGCACAUGAGUUUUGGCUUCUACUUUGUUUCCCAUACACACGAGAAGAUGUUCUUUUGCUCCUUUCUUAUAAAAAAGUUAAUAAUCAUUAACCAAA